AUGGCAUACGUGAACUUUGGAGUAGCCACUGAUAAAAUGCCGCACUGGCAGACACCGGCGUGCCCUUACGCUACGGGCAGGAGAACCGCAGCCGAAUUAGUCAAUACAGUGCCACCGCUCUCUGUUGUCCGAAAGCCUCUAUUACGGAACAAAGGAAAUCCCUACGGAAGAAAAAGCUGCGUGUUAAAUUUCCACACACACACACCCGCACCCCGGCCGCGGGAGCUGCGGGCACGGCCACCCCCGCGAACCCCUCACAGCCCUCCUCUCCGCCGCCGUCCCCACCGCCGCUCCAUCCCUCGGCGGCUGCGGGGAGGGAGCGGGCCGGGCUGCCGCCCGCCGGGGGCCAGGCCGCGGCUGAGGAGACACCUGAGGCGGGGAGUGUGGGGGGGUUUCCCUGGCAACAGGUCGGCGCCCGCCGCGGCGGCCGGGGGAGCCGGGGGUUUCCCCGCUACGCGCCUCGCCGAGCCGUUGGCGGGCACCGGGAACGCCUCACCGGCCGGGGCAGGGUCAGGACCGGGGGCCGGCCGGGCCGCCGGGCAGCCCCCCCAACCCGGGGCCGGGCUCGCCGCUCUCUCACAGCAGGAGCUGGGGCGAGGCGGGAGCGGGCGAGGAACGGCCCCCGCCCGCGGCGGGAAGGUUGCGGGUUCCCUACCAGAGGAGAUGCCUCGGUCACACCCCGGGAUGCACGAGAGGAAACGGCCUCGCGGCGCCGGGCAUCGCCUCCGAUAUUCGCUGCUGGCCGAGGUCAGACAGAGAUGGGCAGUAGUACGAAUGAACAGGGCUGUCUCAGUCGUAGCCAGGACUAUCAGUUUCCUCACUGAGAAGACAAGAGGGUUCCUGCUAUAUGUGUCUAUAUUCCACAUGACCUGCCUGCUGGUAGACAUUGCAAACUCAUCUGAGAGGACUUCUGUUCACCUGUCUGACAUCUCUGCUCUGAAGAUUCUGGUUAUUAAAGCAUCUGUAUGAAAGAUACUGGCUGCUGAAUGACCAGCCUCGAUGGAAAAGAAAUACAUGCAGUCUAGCACCCAGCCAUAGUGUUUUGUAUGACCGGUAGCUAUUUAUGGAUGACUCCUAAACGCAAGCACUGAAAGGUUUAGCAAGAUGUACAGUGUGUUAUACUUUGCCCUUUCCACAAACAUCAGGGUCACAGCACUAAAGAACUGCAAUGAGGUCAUAAAAAUAUUCUUUUUUUUCCAAGCUUUAAAGAUCAGCACUAUUUGUCAUGGAGCAAAAUGGCUUGGAAGUUGAACUUCUGUUCCCACAAUUGUAUUUAAGAAGUGCUCAUGAAUCUUGACAGACUUAUGAGUGAUUGUAAGCAGCUGAAUGAAAACAAUAGGCCUGCGAUAGCCAUGGGACAUGGGUGGGCCCCACCGUCAGUGUAUCUGCGCUGAUGAAGUCUUGUGUGGCAGGUAGGCUACGUCAGGGCAGAGCCCCGGGAGCUCAGGCAGUCACGCUGCAGCAUGUUUGAGCUUCAGUUCCAGCUAUUCCUCAGCUGCUCAAACACUUUAUCUGGAGAAAUGUGUUAAAUAAAGUGCAUUUUGCAUGCUUUUUUUAAAGAGGCUGAACUGUGUCUUCCCAUGAUGCAAAUUCACAUCUUACUAAGAACAUGCUGGCUGUCAUAGCUUUAACCCCAACCCACUCUCUUGGUUCGGGGAGACAUAUGUUGCCAGCUCAAGGCUGGCUCAGAGAGGGGUAAAUACAGAUGGGUCCAUGUAUAUGUGUGCUCAUAUAUAUGUUUAUAGCUAAAUGUUGUAUUAACAUGAGUAUAAUUAACUGAGGAAAAGAUAAUUUCUGGAGAAGUUGUCUAGGACUGAAGGUCUUAUGUGGCCAAGGGCAGAAAAGCUUACAAAGGGAUGAAUUUUCUUGAUGCCAAGACCUUAUUUCUUAAAAGAUGAAGAGAAGAUACAGAAAGGGAGAAUCAGGAUAUAAAAGAGUGAAGUGGUGAGAUUGUUAAUUGUGGUAAUUGAGGAUAGACUGAUAAAGGGAGAAGUUGCUUGUAAUUUACUGCCCACUUACUUACAAAUUACAGAGGGAAAGAAAUAGCUAUUCUGCACACCCUGAUAUGACAAAGGCCCUUUUCCAUCUGUAACUAACUAAAAAUCUACUGCUGUUUUGUAAUUCCACGUAACUGAAUCAGAACCAGUAAAACAUUUUGCUUCUUUAUUUUAAAUGCAGUUGCCUUUGGGUAGAAAAUGUUUCCUAAUGUCUCCUAAACUCUUCAAGUGAUGUUUCUGUGACUAUAUG